AUGGCUAACUAUGGGGAUUGCAUCGGCCUUGCAGUUACGUCGUCAUUAUGCUCAGCAGUCGCCAUCCUCUCGACCUCCUACCGACUCUUCGUGAGACGUUCAAAGCUCUGGAUCGACGAUGUCUGCGCAUUUUGUUCCAUGCUCGCGCUCUGUGUGCAAAUGGCCGCCGUAUUCACGCCCCUUUCCUCUUCGAUUGGUGUCGCUCGUUACUACCUCAUGAUCACGACCUUUUAUGUGAUAGUCUGGUUCGCCAGGCUCUCGAUUCUAUUUUCAAUCAUCCGUAUAGAUCCCAGCAAACUGCGACGGAAGUUCCUCUACGCCUCGGCUUUCCUGUUUCUCAUUGUCUGCGGUUUCAUGAUUGCCCAACUGUUCUUCAUCUGCUCGGAACAGCCAUGGAGAGAACAUCCCAUUCCGCAAUGUCAUUUGACGCGUCAAGUUGCAAUUACCCAGUUGAUCUUCAAUACCCUCAGUGACCUACUUCUCCUCGUCAUCCCAUUACAGCUCCUGGUCGUCUUACAAGAUCGGUGGUUGAGGUCCCGUCUAAUGGUGAUCUUCUCUACCUGCACGAUUACAACGAUGGUAUCUAUGGUGCACGCCGUUUUUAUUCUGACCUUGAACGGUCCAGAAAUUAUGAUCGUGGCGCUCAUCGAGAGCAGCGUUUCAAUCAUAGUCGCCAACGUUCCAGUCAUCGCGACUGCAGUCUUACAUCUAGGAGGUGCCGGUUCUCCACAACGAUCAGGGAGCCGUAAUUCGGGAGGCUCGGGACUCACUGGACCACUAUCUAUCCGCUUCCUCACUGGGUCACACGCACCUACAUCGACGACGACCACGGUUGUUCAGAUUUCGCAGCCUUUCCCCCUGAUGCCUGCAAGUUCGUUGGCACGGUUGAGUCGAACUCUCCCUGCUCGUCCCAGUAGCGUGCUGCUCAAGCCGGAGGAUCCGGUGAUGCGCCUAUCUAGCUCAUUGCGAAGUCGAUAG